AUGGCGAUGCUACUAAAGCGACCGAUCGGAACGCUCGUCAGCGGGUUGCGGAGCGUUGGUGGCGGUAAUCGUGGCAGUGGUAACACACCCUUACUGGACAACGGGUAUGGUGGAGGGGUAGGAGGUACCACAAACGGACCGAACCAUGACGGUGGAAUGCGCCAAACGUUGACCAUCGUGUUUCUGUGCAUCCUGUGGUACAUCGUGUCGAGCAGCAACAACGUCAUCGGGAAGAUGAUCCUGAGCGAGUUUCCCUACCCGAUGACGGUGACGAUGAUACAGCUGACCAGCAUUACCGUGUACAGUGGGCCAUUCUUCAACUUGUGGGGCGUCCGGAAGUAUGUGGACAUAUCCUGGCGCUACUACUUCACGUUCAUCGUGCCGCUAGCGUUGGGGAAGUUUUUGGCCUCGGUCACGUCACACAUAUCCAUCUGGAAGGUGCCAGUUUCGUAUGCCCACACAGUGAAAGCAACGAUGCCACUAUUCACCGUAAUCCUGUCGCGAAUUAUAAUGCGCGAACGGCAAACAAAAGCCGUCUAUCUCUCCCUGAUGCCGAUCAUCGUUGGCGUCGGUAUUGCCACACUGACCGAACUUUCGUUCGACGUAAUCGGGCUGAUCAGUGCACUGAUCGCGACGAUGGGCUUCUCGCUGCAGAAUAUCUUCUCGAAGAAGGUGCUCAAGGAGACGGGCGUACACCAUCUCCGGUUGCUACACAUACUCGGCCGGUUGGCGCUGUUUAUGUUUCUACCCGUUUGGAUCUACGUCGAUCUGUUCAAUGUGAUGAAACAUCCGUCUAUUGUGACGGGAGACUAUCGGGUGAUUGCGCUGCUGUUUACCGACGGCGUUCUAAACUGGCUGCAGAACAUUCUCGCGUUCAGUGUGCUUUCCCUGGUGACGCCCUUAACGUAUGCGGUGGCUAGUGCGAGCAAGCGCAUCUUCGUCAUCGCCAUCUCGCUGUUCGUCCUGGGCAAUCCAGUUACCUGGCUGAACGUGUUCGGCAUGCUGGUGGCGAUACUUGGCGUGCUGUGUUACAAUCGGGCCAAGUAUUUUGCCCGUCGCCAGCAGGACACACUGUUACCGUACGCGUACGGCGCGAAAGAUGGCACCGGUUCGAAGGGAUCCACCGCUACCCUUACCACCAAUGGAAAUGGGCGACGGUAUCCGUACGCACCGCUGCACACGAAUGGAGGCGUUUCCGUGCCGGCAAAUGUACUACUAGCUAAUGGUGGCGCGUCCGCAAUCGGCACAACCGUCCACAGCAUGACGGCCGGUGUUGCUCCAACGAUCCCGAUCACAGUAUCUUCAAAUAUGGCGCCCGCCAACAGCAGCAGUACCAACGGUAGGCUACUGUUCGUUUAG